AUGUUGGCUUAUCGGUUGUUGUGUCUUCGUUUGACCCGACAGAUGAACGCAGCCUACAUCAGUCUACACGAUUUGACUCACUUGGUGGGUCCUCUCACAGAGGAUUUGGUCAAAUGUCUCCAGUCUCGCUACAACGCUGGGCUAUGUCAGACACUGAUCGGGCCUCAACUAGUGAGCGUGAACCCGUUCACCUUGAUCCCACGCACACACGUUCUUCGUAGUGCAGCAAGUCCCUCCACCGAGGCUGAUCAUGACGUCAGCAGACGAGGCCCUUCUCGGAAUGGCUUCCUGCCUCUGCAGCUCAAACAGGGCGUGGCCAAGAACAGGCCUAGCCAAUCAGAGUUCAUGGCUGGCAUCGUGGGCACAGUUCUGUCUCAGCAUGCAGAUUCGAACCAGCCGCAGGUCGUUUUGAUCAGCGGUGAGAGCGGAAGCGGUAAAACCGAAUGCGCCCUGUCCAUCCAGAGGCAGCUACUGGAGGCGGCAGGAGGAGGGUGUGAGACGGACUCCUUCAAGUACCUCAGCGCUGCGCUCACCGUGGCCCGCUCUCUCAGUACUGCGGGCACUCUGGCCAACCCACACAGCUCCAGGGUGCUGAAAUCUGUGGCAGCGCUGCUGGGUGUGUCUGGAGUGUCCCUGUACCGUGGCUUCACCACACAGACUCGUGUGUCCCAUGGGCAAGUGUGCCGGACUAUCACCGACGCCAACACGUCCAACAACACACGAGACAGUCUGGCGAAGGCGCUGUACUUCCGGACUCUGUCCGCCAUCUUGAGACGCGUUAACAGCAUGAAGAGACGGUCGUCCCACUGUACACAGAGCACGGAGAGUCUCGAGUCCAGGGGAAGCAGUCAAUACAACAGCAAGCCUGACAUUCUACAUCCGUCCCUGCCAAACUACCUCAGUCUUUCCUUGAGCAAAAAGUCGUCGGAGAGUUUCAUCGGCAUCCUGGACCUGUUCGGCUUUGAGACAGCAGAGGUNAACACCCUAGAACAGCUGUGUAUAAACCUGUGUGCUGAGGCCAUGCAGCACUACUACAACACACACGUGUUCCGGAGCCCCGCCGAUGCUCUGGAGGACGAGGGUGUACAGCCCGAGGUGGACGUGACCUACUUCAACAACACGCCCGUCAUAGAGCUACUGUCUGCACAGGUGACGGGCCUUCUGAGUAUCCUAGAUGUCUUGUCUCAGCCUUGCACCUCCUCCCAGCAGGACUACAUGGAGAAGAUAAGAGCUCAGCACACUGCGAACAACUAUUUCUUUGAGCCUCUACCAAAGAACGACCGCCUGUUCGGAAUUCGCCACUUCACCGGCCGAGUCGUCUACGACGCCUCCUGCUUCCUGCGGACCAAUCAGGACCAGCUUCCAGAUGACGUCAUCCACGUCUUCGCCAAACAAAACUGCAAUUUUGGUUUUGUUUCUCAUCUGUUUGCGUCAGAAAUCAAACCCCCAUCAGACGGGUUACUUGGCCCAAGGGGUCAGCGGUUCCAGACCUUGCCGAACUACCAACAGGACAUGGAGAGCUCAGAGCCUGUGCCCAGCACACUGUCCCACGACUUCCAGUCCCGCCUGGAGGGUAUCCUCAAGUCUGUGACUAGCGCAAAGCCUCACUUCGUCAGAUGUAUCAAGAGCAACGACCACGCCCAGCCUGGGAUGUACGAGUGUGAGACUGUGUCCCGACAGGUCCGCUCACUGCAGAUUACAGAGGCCGUGCAGCUCAUGGCCGGGGGCUUGCCCCAUCGCUUGAGGUACAAGGUGUUCAAUCAGAGGUACUACAUGUUCCAACCCUUCCGGAGGCCUCAGAGGAGAAUAGAACCUGUCCAUGAGGAAUGUAAGGCGAUUUUGUCUCAAUUCCUGCGUGCCAUGGACGAGAGUCGCCUGCCCUACAUCAGCACACAGUGGACACUUGGCCGCAAACACAUCUUUUACAGUGAGGGCACACGCCAGUCACUAGAAGCCAUGAGACAGGAACGUCUGUCGUCUGCCGCCACCAAGAUCCAGGCAGUCUGGAGGGGGCUCAAACUCCGCAGCUCUUUGAGGCCCCAACAGCAGCAACAGCAGCAACAGCAGCAACAGCAGCAACAGCAGCAACAGCAGCAACAGCAGCGGUGGAGGAAUGGCAAAGUUGGAAAACCUGGUUAUGAUACAGCUGGCCUUACACCAACCACGCCCAGACCUCAACUGCCCCCAAAAGGAGAAAAAGUGGAAAGAGUAGAGCCAGCCGUCCUGAAAUAUGUCUGCAAAAUGUGGGGGAUUGACCCGGCUCUUGUCCCGCCCGUCCCUCCCAAGAGAAACUACUCCGUCCACGGGAACGUCCUCAUUACUUACCCGCAGUGUCGCUGUAUGAAGGUCGUGUUCCCAGAGAACGGCCCGUCCAACAACAAUGUGUUCAAAAAAGGUGACAUCGUGACAGUGCUGGGACCUUCUGCCACUAAAGGUCACCUGGUCGCCCAGAGAGGUGACGUCAUUCACCACAUUCCUUAUGCUCUCAUGGAUAUUCAAACUGUUCAAGAAACAAGUGAGCUCGACAUCUGAGAUAUUUUCACUUCUAAUACGUCAUUUCAUUAACUCAGGGAUACAGACUAUUAUUAUGCAUAUUAAAUGGCAAUAAAUCGUUUAUGUUUAUA